AUGGCGUUGUGGACACCGUACGCGGAAGAGGCUUUGGACCUCAGUCGGUCCACAAUUAAGAAGGAACGGGCGUCACCAGGACGUGAAGAGUUAGUUUACACCACACCCGGAUAUGUCUACCCUCAGCCGGCGAUAUCGCCACACGACCGCCUGCCAAUUCGGCACGCUUACUACAUGGGUUACCAAGAGGCGCCCUGCGUGCCUUCUGCCCAAAUAUCUCCGGACUCAGUCGGCAGUGCAUGGUCACCUAGAGGCUACCGCAAGUCCUUAUCGCCACCCGAAUCCCCAGGGGCGUACGAAGCGGAGUCGCUCUCAGACGACGUGGAGUACCAGGCCUUUGAAAGGGACGCGCUUCGGGCUAUGGCGGAGAAGAACGGCGGCACUCUGCUGGGGAACAACCCGAGGAUGCGCAGGGCGGUGCAGACGAGCCAGGCGGCAGACGACUCCUACCGGAAGCAGAGGGAGAGGAACAACCACGCGGCGAAGCAGAGCAGAGAUCGAAGAAAACUGAGAGAGGUUAGGCUCGCCUUCCAAGUCACCUUUCUAAAGAAGAAGCUGGCAGAUCUCAGGGCACGUUUGGACGAGAGGAUCUGCGCGCGAUGCCGGCAGCAGUGCAGAUGU